ACAUCUCCUGUCAACAUGCCCUACAACUGCUGCUCUAGAAACUUCUCCUCCCGCUCCUGCGGAGGCUACGUGAGCUACCCAGUCUCCUCCUGUCGCUCUUCCUACCCCAGCAACCUGGUCUACACCACUGACCUCUGCUCUCCCAGCACCUACCAGAUCUCCACUGGCUGCCAGGAGACCUGCUGUGAGCCCUCCAGCUGCCAGACGUCCUGCGUGGUGUCCAGCCCCUGCGUGACGUCCUGCUCCCGCCCCAGGAUCUCCGUGCCCUGCAGUCCCUGCCAGACCACUUACACCAGGUCUCUGGGCUGCAGGUCCAACAGCAGCUGCUCCCUGCGCUGUGCACCCAGAAGCUAUUACUCCCUGGGCUGUGCACCCAGAAGCUAUUAUUCCCUGGGCUGUGGACCCAGAAGUUUUUACUCGCCAUUCUUUGGCUCCUAUGGCUUCAGAUCCCUGGGUUAUGGGGAUUGUGGCUUUCCUUCCCUGAGCUAUGGGUCUAGCUUCUACUAUCCAAGCUACUUUGCCUCCAGAAGCUGCCAGUCAUCGUGGUACAAGCCCACCUGUGGAUCCAGCUUCUACCAGUCAACUUGCUAAGA